UAAACGAUAAACUAUCAUUCAGUAUCGCUAUAAAUACAACAGCACGCACUCGUUUAUCAAAACGAUGUAAUUUUUAUUUAUUUACAAAAAAAUUAAACCGGAUCUGAAUUAAAGUACCAGGGAAGCAUGGAUUUCAAGGACAAAGUUGUGAUCGUGACGGGAGGCAGCAGUGGGAUAGGCGCAGCUAGCGCGAGACUAUUCGCAAGUCAUGGGGCCCUGGUAGCCAUAAUCGGAAGAAAUGUACAAAGACUAGACGCUGUUGCCAAAGACUGUGAAACCAAAUCUGGCAAUCUUCCCCUUCGAAUAGCAUUAGACCUAACCAGCAAAGGGGCUUGCGAAGAAGUGGUGAAAGCAACAGUUGAAAAAUACAAAAGGAUAGAUGUUCUAGUGAAUUGUGCCGGCAAAGGCAACAUGGCGUCACUAUUCGACGACAACAUCGACGGAUUCGACGAACUUAUAGCGUUGAACCUCAAAGUGCCGUACAGACUGACCCAGCUAUGCGUCCCGUACUUGAUAAAGACUAAAGGUAACAUAGUGAAUGUUUACGAAGCGCCAGUCAGGUCUCGACCAGGCAUGCUGCAAUUCAGUAUGGUUAGAGACGCCCUGGACAGAUUCACAAAAGCCGGAGCGGCGGAAUUAGUAGGAGAAGGAGUAAGAAUGAACGGAGUAAGAACGUGUAUGGUUCGCUCGAAUUUCCUCCAAAACUACAACAUACCUGAUGAUCAGAGAGAUGUGGUGAUAAAUAAUCUGGCAGAGCAAGUGAUGCCGUUCAAAAGGCCGAUAGAGGCGGAGGAAGUGGCUCGGCUGAUCGUGUUUACAGCUAGUGAUAUGUGUGCCAGUUUGAAUGCUACUAGUUUGUGUGUCGAUGGGGCUGCGUCUAGUUUUUAAAACAUGGCUACUACUUAACUAUUUCCGAUAUUGACAGAGUCAUAUAUGUGUCAUUGUUAGGAGGACCAAUACCAACGCAGAUAUAAAAUACGUGGACUAAUAGCAAAGCAGUUAAACAAUUUCAGUACUCGUUAGAAUACUAUAACAGAAAAAACAUAGAUUUUCGCCCUAAGAUCAAUGGGUUUAAGUUUAAAUCAAUGUGGAUCCAUAUUUCCAUAGGCCUGUUAAGGGUCAAAGGCGAAUGGCAUGUUAUGCUAAUAAAUGUAUUCAUGCGAUAAGACUUCAUAAGACUUAUGCGAUAUUGUGUAAGUUCCUCGUCUGUCUAUCAGAGGCGAAUAAUAUAACAUCUUGCUCCGAGAAAAUUAAUGUAUUUUUUUAUGUUUCACACGCACUUAGCUCUAAAAGGUACUUUUUAUAUUCUGUAACGGUUUCCUUGAAAGCCUAAGUUGAAAUCAUGUUCUCAUUCAUAAUUCAUGUUUCUAAUGGAUAGCUGCGAAUUAUGUCUUCAUUUGUAAAUAUAUUUUGUAUUUUAAUUUUGGAAA